AUGAGUGGUAUUAGUUUUUUUGAUGGAAGAAAUGGAAGUACAAAUUUGAUGAAUGAGUUUCGCCAUUGUUUAUGGCUUUGGCAUCUUCAAAUAGAGGACACUAGCUGCCCCUUAUGUGGAGUGUGUGAAGAAUCCAUUGAAUACCUGUUUCUUUCAUGUGAUGUGGCACUUCAUUUCUGGCAUUCUUCUCCUUGGGGUAUCUAUCCGGUGUGUGAUACAGGCAUCCGUGCUUGGGAUUGGGUCAAGUUCAUCUGGGAUCUAAAAUACAAAGGGGCUAGUGUUGAUGAUAUUUUCUUGUAUGCUUCUAUUAUUGUGGAUACUAUUUGGAGGGUGCGUAAUGAUAAAGUCCAUAAUAACUGUCUUGUUGAUUUUAACAAAUAUUUUGAUAAUAUUUGUACUUCUUAUGCAGAUAUGUAUGAUUCCUUGCUCUCUAGUCCUACUCCAGUGUUAAAGGAAGCUUGGUCCCCUCCUCCUCUAGACUGGAUUAAGCUGAAUUGUGAUGUGAAAGUGGGCUUGGAGAGUAUGUGCAUUGUUGUUGUUGUAAGGAAUCAUCUUGGUAGAGUGAUUAGAGUUCAGGCAGCUCGGGAGGAUUUCUCGGAUGCUCUUUGUGGAGAAGCUGCGGCAUGCUGCUUGGCUGUGUCAGUAGCCUUGGAUAUCGGCUCCAAGUAUGUUAUUGUGGAGAAUGACUCGAGAGUGGUUAUCGACGCUAUCAAUGGGAAGGGGUCUCGUUGGGCAAUAGAGAACUAUAUCUCAUUUUGUACUAAGUCUUCUCUCUCCUUUAGUAGUUGUUGUUUUUCUUAUGUUAGUAGAACUUGUAACUUUGCCGCUCAUAAUGUGGCUAGAUGGGCCUUUACCCAUCACGUAUUUGGGUCUCUCCCGGUCUCUUCCAUACCGGAAACUCUAUUUUGUAAUGACCGCGAGGUCUAA